UGCAACGGCCGGUUAUUAACCGAUUAAAAGUAGAACACAAUACAUUAAUAAAUGUACUCGUAUUGUUAUUAUGUAAUUAUUUGUUUAUUAUUUUUUUAUUUAUAUUUCUUAAAAUACUUUUACUAUUAGAUUGACAAGUUUGUAUAUUUCUCUUUCUGGAUAAAUAAUAAAUACAGGAUAAAUUUUGAAAAUGUUACAGAAAUGGAAGGAUAUUCUAUUAAAUUGGAUAAAUUGUUAUUUCAACAAAAGUUCUAAAAAAGAGCAAUGUAUCAAUUUGGAGUUGUUGCUAAAUAUAAUUUCUCAUUUACGAGAAAAUCUCAAUUUGGAUGAAUCUAAAUCAUCAGUACUGGAAGCUCAUACAAUUGAGGAGUUUAUUCUCGAAAAGUAUCCAGAAUUUAAAUUUGAAAAUGGAACAGUUGAACCAAACAAUGAGGAAGAAAUUUAUUUGGUUGCAUCUCUAUUACUUUUCUUUGUGUGCGUCAUUUCCAAGGAUGUGGAUAUAAAAAAUGCAAUGUGCAGUAAACUGAGUGUAGAGGACCAGGAAGUUAUAUUGAAAUUCAGUAAAUGCUUGUUAGAGUGUUCUACAAUUUCUUAUAGGGAUGUGGAAACUGCUAUUACAGAAGCAUGUGGUCAGGAUUUGGCGUCUGCUCAAAGCAGCCACUCCAUUGUUUCGGCCACUCCACCAGCAUUACGGUCUUUGCACAGUGAAGUGAGGCGACUACAGGCUGCCUUUGAUGCUGAACGCUUUGACAGGAACUAUCUCCAAGAGGAACUGAGUAGGACUAAUAUGAAGCUAGAAAAGCUUUUAAAGGACAAAGAAAAAUAUAAAUUGGACAUAGUGAAUCUCAAAGCCAAGAUCUCAAUGUGUUGUGGACAAGAGGCAGAAGAUCGAGGGGUAGAUGCCACUGGCGAGGGCACCCUGAAGCUGACCAGGCAACUACAGCAAAUGGAGGACAAGCUUGUAGAAACGCAGUGCCAACUUGAUGAUGCUCUAUAUGAAAGAGAUACAUAUAAAACUAAGAUUGAUGCUUUAAAACACGAGCGUGACAAAUGGCUGACCCUUAGUCAGCAAGAGGCAUCGCGAGUUAGUCAAUUGACUGAGGAGUUGGAAGUGGAACGUCGGCAAGUACAAUCUCUCCGGGAUUUGGUGACAGAGCUCCGUCAACACAAUCAACUCAACCGAUUAGACUCCAGCCAGCUGGAGUGUGAUGACCCUGAUACUAGUAUUCAUUCCAUGCAGCAUAAUUCAUCUAUAUGUAGUGAAGCCUGCGCUAAUGUCGUAGAAGUACAAUUAGGAGAAGAACGUGCUAAAAUUGUUAUUCUUAAGCAACAAAUACAAAAUUUCCAGGAUCAACUUAAUGAAUUAAACCAGAAAAGUGAACAAGAGAAACGCAUGAUGGAAUCAGUUAUAUACGAAAAAGAAUCUGAAAUAGUUAACUUAAAACAUCGUGUCAAUGAAGAAUUAGAGGAGCAGAAUAAUUUGAAAUCCAAUUUUAAUGAUGAAAUUAGCAAACUCAACAAUGAAAUAAAUGAACUGGAGCAAAAGCUUAAACAAAAUACAGAUCAAUCUAGGCGAAUGUUUGAGAUAAAAAUGGAUGAAAUAAAAGUCUUACAAGAAGAGAAAUUAUCUUUAUUGCAAAGUUUGUCUGAUGAAACAACUAAACUUGAUAAUAUUAUCAAAACAUUGAAAGUAGACUUAGAUACAGAAAGAAAUACAAAAAUAUCUAUGAAAGAAGAAUAUGAAAAUCAUAUAAUGAAGUUAAAUGAGAAGGUUUUAAACAGAAAUAAUGAAUUAGUGGAAUUGCAGAAUAAUUUGUUUCAAAAGAGUGAACAGAUAGAAGAUCUACAAGCAGAAGUGAGAAAAGAGAAACAAAUAAAUCAGGACCUCACCAGCAAGUAUUGUAUAGAAUUAGAACAGUUAAACGAACAAAGAAUGCUAAUAGAAAAUAUGCUAAAACAGAAGAUGCAAGAAAAUGAACUUAUACAAAAAGAAUUAAAUGAAAAAGUAGCUUAUAUUGAGGAUCUAAAUAAAACUAUUGAUGAUAUGAAAAAGAGCAUUUCUGAUCUGAGAAUGCAAGCAGAAAAUAUUCAGCAACAAAAAGCUUAUGAAGUAGAACUCCUACAAAAGAAAUUGGAGCAUAAUUUAGCUUCUGCAGAAGAAUUAAAUGAACAAAAUAAUGAUUUAAAAUUGACAAUUUCCAAUUUAGGAGAAAAUUGUAGAAUUUUAGAGAAUAAUAAAGUGGCAUUACUUCUAGAAGUUAAGAAUCGUGACGCUAAAAUUCAAGAAAUUCAGAAAGAAUUGAAUGAUACUAGGAAUAUGUUUAAAGAAACAAAUGAAAAGUGGUUAAUUGAAAAAGAUGAGAAAAUUGCCACGAUCAAUACACUACAGAUGCAACUGCAAAAUGAAUUAGAUUUUAAAAUGCAAGUGCAAAAUGAAUUGACUCAUUUACAAACAAAUAGGAUGUCAUUGUUAGAUGAUAUCGACAGUCUCAAUACGGAACUUUUAAAAUUAAAGAAAGAAAUGGAAGUAAAAGAUCAGACUAUUCUUGGAAUGGAUCUAUAUCUUCAAGAAGAGAAACAGAAAAAUGAAAAAUUAAGAACAGAUUAUAAAGAACUGCAAGAAAAUUUCAAAGUAAUCUCUGAGGAUGUUAGAGACAAAGAUAUUGCAAUUAAAGAUAUACAGAAUAUUUUAGUACAAGAAAAGAAGUGUCACGAAGAUGAAAUCCAUGAAAAAGAUAAAAAACUAGAAUCUGAACAUAGUCAAUUAUUAGAUAUACUUGAUGUUAAAAAUACAAUUCAAGCAGCUCUUACCUUGGUAACUAAUGAAAAAGAAAAACUUGAAAUAGAAAUAAAUGCACAACAUACAGAAAUAUUAAAAUUAAAAGAAGAAUGUGCAAAAUUGAAAGAAAUAUUAGAAGAAAAUAAUUCAACAAUUGAAUCUUUACAUACUAAAUUAGAACAAGAAACAAUAAAUCGUAUAGCCAUCGAAAAUAGUGCCACAUACAGUGAAGUACAGUUACAAGAAGAACGUAAGAAUACUGAUAUGCUUAAGCAACAACUCAAAACUUUACAGGAUCAGUUACAUGAAAUAAAUAAAGAAAGCAAAGACGACGAGAUUAACAAACUUAAUAAUGAACUGAAUGAAUUAGAUCAAAAAUAUAAAAAAAAUAUUGAAGAGUUUACACAUGUGAUUAAGACUAAAACACAGGAGUUAAAAGCUAUGCAAGAAGAGAAACAAUCUUUAUUAAAAAGUAUGACUGAUGAGAAUAUUAAACUUGACGAUGCUAUAAAAAGUCUAAAAGCAGAAUUAGACAUGGAAAGGAAUAUGAAAACAUUUAUGAAAGAAGAAUAUGAAAAUCGUAUAAUGGGGUUAAAUGAGAAGGUAAUAAAUAGAAAUAAUGAAUUAGUGGAACUUCAGGACAAUGUAUUUGAGAAAAAUGAUCAGCUUGAAGAACUAUACGCAGAACUGAGAAAAGAGAGACAAAAGAUUAAUGAUCUUUCUAGUAAGCAUUCUGAGGAGUUAAAAUGUAUAACUGAAGAAAGGAUGCAAAUAGAAAAUAUCUUAGAUCAAAAAGUUCGAGAAAAUGAACAAUUACAGAAGAAAUUACAAGACUAUAAUGAGGAACAAAAUAAAUAUGAUAAUGAUUUGAAACUUACUAUUUCUAAUUUAACAGAUAAUUGUAGGGUUUUAGAGGAUAAUAAAAUGUCAUUACUUCAAGAAAUAAAAGAUCGUGACUUGAAAAUUGAGGAAAUUCGAAUAGUAACCGAAACUUCAAACAACAUAUUUAAAGAAGAAAAGGAAAAAUGGUUAAAUGAGAAAGAUGAAAAAACUGUUACAAUAAAUGCGCUUCAGCUUCAAUUGCAAAAUGAAGAACAUUUUAAAAUCCAGUUAGAAAGUGAAUUAACUCAUUUACAAAAAAAUAGAUCUACAUUAAUUGAAGAUAUCAAUAAUAUCAAUUUGGAGAUAUCAAAGUUAAAGAAAGAUGUGGAGGUUAAAGAUCAGACUAUUGUAGAGAUGGAUUUAAAUCUAAAGAUGGAAAAAAAUAAAAAUGAAAAAUUGCUGAUGGAUUAUGAAAAAUUGCAAGAAAAUAUACAAAUAAUGUCUAAAGAUAUUUCUGAUAAGGAUAUUAUAAUUAAAGAGACUCAAAAUAUUUUAGAAGAGCUAAAGAAACAUUAUGAAGGCGAAAUUAAUAAAAGAGAUGAUAUGUUAGCAUCAGAACAUCAGAAAUUUUCAGACGUACUGGAAGAGAAAUAUGCAAUUCAAGCUAAUCUUGACUCAGUUGUUAAUGAAAAAAAUAAACUUGAAAAAGAUAAAAAUGAAAAAUAUACAGAAAUACUACAUUUAAAAGAAGAAACUGUGAAAUUAAAACAUUUGUUGGAAGAAAACAGAUCAAAUGUAACUAGUGAGGUCAAUGCGAAGACAGAAGUAGAAAAGCAAUUAGAAGAAGAAAGAGCUAAGAUUGUUGUGCUCAAGCAAGAAAUACAGGCUUUACAGGAUCGACUAAACGAGAUGUGUGAAAAAAGAGAAACCGAUAAACAAACGGUAGAGGCGGUUAUAUUAGAAAAACAAAUUAAUAUAACUCAUUUGAAAAAUCGUAUCGAUGAAGAGACUGAGGAGAAAAAUAAUAUAAUAAUGAAUUUUAAUGACAAGAUAAGUAAACUCAAUGCCACAAUAAAUGAAUUAGAACAAAAGCUUGAAGAUAACGAUGAAAGAUCUAAGCAUAUUAUCGAGAAAAAAAUGGAAGAAGUGAAAAUUCUCCAAGAAGAAAAAGUAUCUUUAUUACAAAAUCUUUCUGACGAAACAACUAAAUUUGAGAGCAUUAUAAAAAGUAUGAAAGCAGAAUUUGACGAGGAAAUAAAUACUAAAGAAUCUGUAAAAGAAGAAUAUGAAAAUCAAAUAAUAACAUUAAAUGAGAAGAUUUUUAAUACAAAUACUGAAUUAAUGGAACUGCAGAAAAAAAUAACUGAGAAGAAUGAACAGCUUGAAAAAUUAAAUGCAGAAAUGGAAAAAGAAAGACAGAAGCUUACAGAACAACAGGGGCUUACAAAUAAAUAUUCUAUAGAAAUAGAAGAGCUAAAUAAACACACAAUGCAGAUGGAAAAUAUUUUAGAACAAAAAGUCCAUGAGAGUGAACAGUAUCAGAAGGAAUUGGAACAGAGUGUAGCUUACACUGAGCAAUUAAAUAAAGAGAUUUGUGAUUUAAAAGUGACUAUUACUAAUCUAAAAGAAAGCUGUAGAAUUUUGGAGGACAAUAAGCUGACGUUACUUUUAGAAGUAAAAGACCGUGACGCUAAAGUUGAGAAAAAUCAAAAGGAAAUUGAUAAUACAAAUACAAAGUGGUUACAAGAUAAAGACGAGAAAAAUGUAACCAUAAAUGCAUUACAGGCGCAGCUACAUAAUGAAAUACUUAUAAAAAUGCAAUUACAAAAUGAAUUGACUGAAUCACAAAAAGUUAGAACUUCAUUACUUGAAGAUAUCAAUCGUCUGAAUAUGGAACUUUCUAGAUCUAAAAAAGAUGUUGAAGAUAAAUAUCAGGCUAUAAUUGAAAAGGAUGUUCGACUAAAAGAAGAGAUGCAAAAAAAUGAAAAAUUAAAAAUAGAACAUGAAGAAUUACAAGAAAACUUGAAGACAAUGUCUAAUGAAAUUGCAGCUAAGGAUUUAGCGGUAAAGGAGAUAAUGAACGUACUGAAAGAGGAAAAGACAUGUUAUGAAGACGAGAUUCACAAGAAAGAGGCAUUGUUAGAAUUUGAACAACAGAAACUGUUAGAUCUACUUGAAGAGAAAAGUGCUGUACAAGCUGAUCUUAUCUCGGUCAUCAAAGAAAAAGUCGAACUUGAAAAAGAUGUAAGUCAAAAAUCUAUUGAAGUAUUACAAUUAAAAGAAGAACAUGUUAGACUGACGCAGAUGUUAGAAGAAAAUAGAUCAAAUACCGACAACAAGCUUCUGGAGGUGACCAAAGAACUCGAGGUUAGUAAAGAAAAUUGCCAGCAGUUGUCUAGUCAGCUCAAGAAAAUAGUACACCAGAAGAAUGAAGAGAUAUCAGAACUAAAAAAGCAAGUUUCUAAAAUGAGCGUCACAGAAAAUAGAGCGACUCAAAUCAUAAAAGUCUCAGCCAAGUACCAGGCGAUCAUAUUGAAAAGGAUAGCGGAGAUUAAAAACAAUUCUGUACUGAAGGAGUUGACUAAUUUCGGCAACACUACAAAUUGUGAUAACGAAGUGCGCCGCAGCCUGUACGCUGGUACUAUCACUAUAGAGGAUUUGGAGAACUUCUUGGAAACAACCGAAAGACAUUUACGGCGAUGUUCAGAGAAACAGGUUGCACUGCAGAAAGAAAGAGAUAGAUUGAUCGAGGUGAAUAGAAUUAACGAAUCUGAGAUUAUAAACAUGAAAAAGUUUUUGACAGAGCUAUCAGUUAGCUUCAAAACAUUCAGUAAUAUUAAGGAUCUGUAUGCGCAGAAGUUGAGCAGAAUAGUGUCGGUACAGAGGACUGUGCGACGUGAGAUAUUGAAUCUAGAUGGGCACAUAACAGAAGCGACUAUGUGUAAAUUAGAGAGAGGUUACGCAGCCGUUAUGCAAGACUUGUCAGAGUGUUCGAUGAACAUGGAAAGAUGGAUCGAGCGGUGCAUCGACAGGACAAUUUCUCCAGAGAAAAUACAGCAGGCAUUCACGUGUGAUAAUGACCGUGCAUCGCUCGCGUCCAUAUCGUUCCAAAACAACAACCUAGAGACACAGCUAGAAGAGAUGGAGAAGUCUUUCCAGAAGUUACUGGAAGAAGUGUUACGGGCGCAGAAAGGCGAGGGUGUGAAGGACGCGCAGUCCAUCACCGUGAUGGAAGUCCGUGCCGAAUACGAGGACAAACUCAACAGAAUGAAGGCUAAAAUGAAAGAACUUUACCAUGAGCAAAUCGCGGUGUUCCAAACGCGACAGAAAGAAGAGAUCGCGGCGUUGGAGCGAGAGUUGCAGAAGACUAGGCAGAAGUCGUUAGAGUCGAGCCGCGCCUACGAAGAGCAUAUCAAGGCUCUGACGACAGAGCUGUGGACAGUUGGGGAGAAGUUCCUCAUGAAACAAGACGAGGCAGAGUGGCUGAGGAAGAAACAGCGUUACGGAUCGCUGAUGUCUCUACAGCAUGUGCAUUCGUCUGGUUUGUUGCCGCCACAAGACGAGCCGUCACGACCGUCCGACGCGCAUUCGCUACGUUCACUACCAACGUUUAAUAAUAACACUCAUAGUAAACGUGAGGGUCGCGGUCUGCACAUGUCUGACGAGGAGGGUGAGGUGUUCGACAACCGCUGCCUGAAGGAAUUGUCGUCGACGCCGCGCCGCUCGCCGCCGCCCGGGCUGCGCCUAUCGGAGCUGCGCUGGCGGAACUCGCUGUGUCCGCCGCAUCUCAAGAGUUCCUAUCCGGCAGAGACGCAGUUUGCGCCCGCUAUUGACGAGGAUGAUAUUAAGUGUGCUAAUGCAACGAAUGGCGUCGGUCGGCAACAAAGAAAAGAAGUUGGAAUCACAGCUUACAAAAAGCCUGGGCCACCCACACCUAGCAAACAGGCCGGGAGAUUAUCUGCCACGGAUUCGGAACUCCGCGAGUCGCUACGCGUGGAGAUGGACCCGCAGGCGCAAUCGUCGCGCAAGACUAGCACACCCUCUCGGAUCCGAGCGUUUUUCAGAUCUGCUAGGGGUGACACUAUUGAAGGAACUCCUCGGAAACGAUCAAGCAUUUUCAGGAAGAAAUAACUUUAAUAAUAAUAAUAUAAUAAUGUAUUUAUUUAUGUCUCCUCACAAACAACUUAAAUUUACACAUAGGUAUUUAGGCCUUUAUGACAUGUACGCUAAAUAAAUGUUUUAUUUUUA